AAUGCGAUUUAAGAGAUAGUGUGAAUGGAUCAACCGUUAAUGCUAGUCAGUUGGAAUUUACUACUGAAAAUUUUUCUGAUUCAUUUAGUCCAAUUUCUGAAUCUUGCAACAUGCAACUAGAAGAAAUUAAUGAUGAUAAAUUGUUAAUUGAGGAAAUU